UUUAAACUCGACACCAUCUCAAGGCUUUUCAAACUCAUUGCAUAACACGCAACCAGACUUUUGUUAUAAUAAUAACGAACCCGAACCUCUUAUAAAGCACAACAAAGUGUUCCAUAUAAGUUAUAUUAAAUCUAUCCCAAACCAGGCAUUUUAUUGAUUAAAAGAGCACAGAUGAUAGUAAAAAAAAGUCUGUCUUGUUGCUCUCUCCACGUUCAGUCAUUUAUUUAAGUGCUAGAAAUAAUUAAAUCUCAUUACAUUACACUCAGAAUUGUUCCAAUGAUAAGUUAAAGUUAAGUUUAACUAGGUAUAUACUGCUCUGUUAUCUGUGUUGUUAUUAUUAAAUGUGCUGUAAAGUGAUAUGUUAAUGGCACAUGGAAUUAUUACAUUGACAGAAUUUUUUUAUUAAAAUGCAUGUAAAUGCAAGUGUCAUAUCAUAACGAUCCACUAACUAUCGACGAGUAAUCUACAUCAAUUUGAUAAUUACAAAAUCUACAAAAAUUUCACAAGUGGCGAAAUAGUCCAACAAAUUUUUAGAAAAUGCCAAAAUUCUGUUGGUCCCCGCAAUCUUCCACACUGCGAAAUUCUGUCCGUGCAAUUGCUAUACUGGACUUGGCCUUUGUCUCAAUACCUAUGACCUUUGAAACUGUGAAUAUCGGCUACGUGCUCGGGUUCGUUGACCCCUUCGACUAUCUCAAAAAAGACUGCGAACAAGCUGAAACGUGCUCUUGGGCACGUUACAUUUACGAAGAAAUUAGUGAAGGAAAAUGGAGCUCGCCACAUUUAAAAACUCAGAUACACACAUACACCGUGUCAGGCCUUCUCCUUUUCAUGUUAUUUGUAGGCAUUGUAGAAGGCUAUCUUUUCGGCAUGUUGCGACGCGGUGUCAGAGAGGAAAUUCAUCAUUGGUGCAAGAAAUGGUUUUGGAUACGCCUCAUCCUCCUCUUAACCGUGUCAAUAUGUUCCAUUGUAAAAUUAACAAGAUCACAUUACAACACGCUUGACGGGCUGUACGACUUGACAAAAAUCUAUAGAAUUUUCACACUUAUAAUAGUGCAAUUUUACAUGAGAGAGUUAGAAAGAACUGUGGGGAUUGUGUAUAUUCGUCCCUUAAGGGAAGCGAAACAAGGAUCUCUUGGGCAAGAUAUACACCUUUUAGACUAGAAAUAAUUAAAAUAUUAUAUGUAAAUAUUUACUUGAAUGUAGUUGUUAAGCUAAUUUUGGUAUGAUCUUGUUAUACUGGAAAAUAAAAUGUAUACACGUCACGCA